GUUCACCCCCAAAAUGCAUACCACCCCAAGGUCAAUCGCAGGACCAAACAUAGCUCAAUAUGCAUGUACAAGUCAUCAUGACCUUCAAUGAUUGGGGCCCCAAUCGAGAGCAGACAAGUCGAGUCGUGACGUAGAGAAUGUGGCUCCGGAAACGGACACCACAUACCUGCAUGUAUGCAUACCCGUCCGGGUUCAUCAGCCAGCCACCCCAAUACCUCCUCACCGUAUACAUGGUGCUUACAUAUAUAUAUCUUCUAAUUGCACACUCUUUACUUCCCAUGCUUUUCAUCAUUAUCCAGAACGAUCUACCAUUCUGCCAACAUGUCUCCUCCCGCUGCAAUCUCUCCACCGUCGGGGCCAAGCCCCAAUCCCAAGGAUGAUAUUUUCAACGAGCCCGAUUGGAACAAGGUUCAUAGUCAUCGCAUUGGCCUGCGGAACAAAGAUGAUCGGUUCCCCGGUCUCACGCACGACGGGGAUGACCCGCGAUGGGAACUGGAGGCAUUGUCGGAGAAGGAAGUGGCGGAGUUGCAGGCGAAGAAGGCGAAAGGUGAACUGCUCACCGUGCGGGAUUUUAUGCAGGAUCAGCGGGAUUUUCAUAUAACUCGACCUGAUGUGCACCCUCAGAGCUGGAGAUAUGUGCUCCAUACGACGGAAGACUUCAUCAAAUAUGAAGAGGACUGGCCAAUAAACAAGAAGGAUUCACAGAAGCAGAAUGGGGAAGCAAAUGGCACCCAGGCAAAUGGCGCCAACGGGGCUGCGGGCAGCAAGUACACACCCGAGGAGGAGUUGUUCCUGAAGAGUCUCCAGGAGGAAGAAAGGUACUUCCGCAACUUAAAAAUCAACGAUGGAAAGGGCGUCUCCCCGGUGAAAGAUGCGCCGAUGCCUACAGAUGUCGACGAUCAGGACAAACUAACGCCUGACAAUUGGGUUCCUCGGUCGGACCAACUGAUUCGCCAAACGGGUGCACAUCCUCUCAACGCAGAGCCCAAUCUAGCAGAGCUUCUGGGCGAAGGCCUCAUUACCCCCAGUCGUCUCCACUACGUGCGCAGCCAUGGUCCCGUGCCGCAUCUGUUGUGGGAAAAUCAUCAGCUCGAGAUAUCGGCAGGAAAGUCUCUGACCCUAUAUAUGGACGAUUUGGUGGAUAAGUUCCAGAGCAUUAACAUCCCCAUUUUGCUGGCUUGCGAUGGUAAUCGUCGAAAGGAAGUCAAUUGGGUCAAGCAAAGUAUGGGAUUUAAUUGGGGCGCCGGGGCUGUCAGCUGCGCAUACUGGAAGGGUGUUCUUUUGCGCGACGUGUUGAUCAUGGCGGAGAUCGACCAGUUGAUGGCGGAUUACCCGAAUCAACGUCUUUAUGUCAACUUCCAAGGAUCGGAGACCUUGCCCGAGGGCAAAUACGAGACCUCUAUCCCUUUGGAUCAUAUCAUGGACCCUAACAACGAUGUUUUGCUGGCUUAUGGGAUGAACGAUAACCCAUUACCUGCUGACCAUGGGUACCCAGUCCGACUCAUCGUUCCCGGGUUUGUCGGCGGUCGCUGCGUCAAAUGGCUGCAAAGCAUCUGGGUGACAGACCAGGAAAAUGACAGUCACUAUCAUAUAUACGAUAACCGUGUCGUUCCCAGCUUUGUGGAGGAUAGAGACUCGGACUUUGGCAAAGCCAUGUACAAUCAUCCAAGCACAGCGUGUAUGGAGCAGAUGCUAAACUCAGUCAUUGCGAGGCCCGAUCAUGGCGAGAAAAUUGAUCUUUCUGGUGCCAAGAAGGGCGGGACAUAUCGAGUACAGGGAUACGCGUAUAACGGCGGUGGGAACGAGAUCCAGCGCGUUGAGAUUAGCUUGGAUGGAGGGAAAAGUUGGCUAUACUGUACACGCCAGUAUCCGGAUGCCCCCUUGCGACAUGGACGGAAGUUUUGGACGUGGCUGCACUGGCAUAAAGACCUCCCUAUCACCGAUCUGCUUCCAGCGGAAAGUAUUACUGUCCGAUGCUGGGAUGCCAACAAAAACACACAGCCGGAGAACAUCCGGUGGAAUCUUGAGGGAAUGAUGAACAAUGCCCAGUUUGUGGUGAAAUCGGAAAUUGUCCAAGAUCCGGAUACCAAUAAAUCUGUGCUCCAAUUCCGCCAUCCGACCAACGCAGCAGGCGAUGGCGGAUGGAUGACGCGCUCUCGCGAGAAUCAGAUCCAUGACUGGGAGCAAGAGGGCGAUGUUCCAACCACUCAAUACGGUCGCGAGGAAAUAGAAAAGCACUCGACGGAGGAGGAUUGUUGGCUCGUCAUCAAUAACAAAGUGUACGAUGCGACCCCCGUUCUCGGUUGGCAUCCAGGGGGUAAAGCUGCCAUUUUGGCACACGCCGGGCGAGUACAUUUAGAGACUACGGAACAAUUCGAGUCCAUCCAUGACGCCAAAGCGCACGAUGCUCUGAAAGAACACCUCAUAGGCGUGGUCUCGAAGAACACGCAGGACUGGAUGAAGCAGCAAGCGGAAGAGGAAGCAAGGAAAGAAGCCGAGAAUCCUCCGGAUCCCGACAUAGCUCUGAAACGCCACAAGUGGAUACAAGGCAAACUCCUAGGAAAAACCAAACUUUCGGAUGACACAAACCGGUACAAGUUCUCCUUGCCGGAUGGUAAGAAGCUCGGUCUAGAGAGUGGACAGCAUGUUCAAGUCGGAUUCCAUUUCGAAGAUAAAUUGGUCUUCCGGUCCUACACGCCUGUCAGGCCGGUGUUAGAGGAAGAUGAAGACGGCACAUUUGACCUUGUCGUCAAAAUCUACAAGCCCGACCUGCAACAGCCAGGCGGCACGAUGAGCAACAUCCUCGAUUGUUUGCGCGAGCACGAAGAGAUUGACAUCGCCGGGCCGACCGGCGAGAUCCGCUAUCAAGGCAAUGGCGAUUUCUUGAUCGAUGACACAAAGUACCAUUUUGAUCGCAUUCAGUUGAUACUGGGAGGUUCUGGAAUCACACCCGGUUAUCAGAUCAUUGCGCAUAUCUUGUCCUCUCCGAGUGAUAAGACGCAGAUCAAGGUUUUAGAUGCCAACAAGACCGAAAACGACAUUUUGUUGUACGAUGAGUUGACCAAGUUCGAGAAAGACCAUCCGGAUCAGCUUCAGGUUUAUCAUGUCCUCUCUAGGCCGGACAGCGAUUGGACCGGGCUAAAAGGGCAUGUCGACGCGGAUAAGCUUCAUAAGUAUGCAUUUCCCCCUGAUGACAAGACCGUCGCCCUACUAUGUGGGCCAUCUACCUUGGUCACGGCAGUCGAUACGGCAUUGGAGGAAUGGGGAUAUAACAAGGACAAGAACGUGUUUGGAUUUUAGAUCAAGUUAUGAGACAUCUCUUCGUUAUAUACAACCCAAGAUCAGUCUUUUUUUUAAUUCCGUUCCAACAACGUUCUU